CGACUUCAAAGACAGAUGAUUGGUGGAACUGUUGUCGCUGUCGGAGCAGGAGCAGUGGGUGCUGUGGUCCUGUUUCCGCUCGCUCUCGGAGCCGCAGGUUUCACCUCAGGUGGGAUAGCUGCAGGCUCCGUUGCUGCCAAAAUGAUGGCGACCACUGCCGUUGCUAACGGAGGAGGGGUGGCAGCAGGAAGUGUGGUGGCUGUUUUGCAGUCAGUAGGUGCAGCAGGCCUUUCAGGAGUUGCCACUGCAGCUGUGGCCACCGCUGGAGGAGCUGUGGGCUGGCUGGGUAGCUUCAUUAGAAAACCCUGAAAAAAAAAAACAUGAUGAUUUUUUACUUUUAAAAUGGUCUAUGGGGAAACAUUUUGUCAGCUUAAUUGCCAAACAGCACUUUUGCAAUUGUAUACAUGCAGUAAAAUAGUGUGAUUUGUUAUUAAAGUGUUGUUUAUUUUGUCUUUCUGUAUGUUUUCUACUGUGUGCAUUUGAUUCCAGACUGCCAGACUCUUUAUUGUCCCCGAGGGGAAAUUCUUCUUUACAACUCUACAUGUUUGACAAAUCAGUUUGUUGUUGCCUGGGCUGACAAUGUGAAUUGUUAAGUAAUGAAACUUUACAAUCUAUGUCAAAUUCUUAAUAAAGAGAAACGUGAAGAAAAAUGUGAUAUGCCACUGGAUUCUCAAAUCUUGAGGGGGCAAAGUGCAGAUUUGUUUAAAUGUUUACCUUUUCUUUUACCUUCACCUUUUGCAGUUCAUGAUCAUAAAUGGGGAAUACUUUCUACAUGGUAGCUCAGAUACAGCAUGCAGGAAUGAGUACUGUGUAAAGAUCUCAUUUAUUAAUAAUGUUACUCCUAAUCUUAAAUGUUGGUGAUAGCCACCACAAUCGAGGGCUGAUGCAUUCUUCUCGUUUUGCAUCAUCACAGAUGGAAGUUUGUCCUGAAUGCAGGUUUAAAGGAGCAGUCAGAACUAAACUGGUUUAAAGAU